AUGGCGCAGUCGCAACGGCUUCUCAACCAGUGCGUCUCCUCUGACACCUCGAUGAAAUACCAUAUAGUGCUUAUCGCUUUCAUUGCAGUGACAUGGACGGUAGCACUGGCUCAAGAUGAUUCGAAUGAAGUGAAGGCUAGCCCUGAAGACGACAAGAGCGUAAUAAGCGAUGAAGAAGAUGACAGUACGACCAAAAGUGGCGAAGUAACCGCAGAAAGGGGCCCACCAUCUGCUGAACAAACUGAGGAAGAGAAAAAAACCGAAGGGAAAAGCCCUGGAAUGAAAUCGGACGAUUCAGCUGCAGAGGAUAAAACGGAGGAGAAGUCGUCAGAUACAGAAGAAGUUUUUGAUAAACAUGGAAGAAGAUGUAUGGAUAGACACGAUCUGUGUAAGUUCUGGUCAUCUAUAGGAGAAUGUCAGACGAACAAGGAUUGGAUGGAAGAUCAUUGUCCAGUGUCGUGCUCAAUCUCAAAAAAAGGGGAACUUACGCUGGAUAGAACUAUGGCAUGUAUAGAUCGUCAUCGUCUAUGCAAUUUCUGGUCAGCGAUCAAGGAAUGCGAGACGAACGCGGUUUGGAUGUUGUCCAACUGUCCGAAAGCAUGCAAAGCUUGCAAGGGAAAGCCUAUUGGUCCAUCCGGUGGCUCGCGGAAGGACGGUGGAUUUCGUAUUGAGGACUGCACUUUUGUUACUACUCAUGAAGACACAUCCCAUCGUAAAACUCUUUCAAUAAAUGACGUAAGGAACAGCAACGCAAAUUUCAACUGCGCUCCAACCCAAAUGGCACCAAACUGCAACCGAAACCUGUGCUAUCACCUCAAGUUCCGAACGUUUGACGGCACUUGCAACAAUCUGGAUAAACCGAUGAGCGGUUCAGCGUUUAGCGCUCUUAUGCGACUAAAAACGCCACAGUACGACAACGGUCUGAAUGCACCAACAUCGUCGUUUUCGCGUACUCGGCCGUCGUCGCGCGAUGCGUCACGUCUUCUUCUGUCGUCGCCGUCGCAGAUCCCACAUCACUCGAAUGCGCUUCUGAUGCAAUGGGGACAGUUCACUGCACACGAUAUUUCCAAAACGACCAUGUUGAAUAAUCAGGAAUGUGCCGCUUGCACUUCGAAUAAGGGCAGAUGCUUCUCAGUCUUCCUGUCAAGAGCUGAUCCCACGUUCGGUCGCUUCAUGUGCCUACCGGUAGCUCGUUCCACGCCAGUUUGUGGAACUGGUACAAGCACAUUCCGUGAACAGUACAACGAGAACACUGCUUUCAUCGAUGGGUCACAGAUCUACGGCAGCAGUGAUAGGGACCAAUUCCUUUUCCGACAAGGCGCUUUCUUGAAGACGAAGCUGGUGAAGAAUAGAGUAUUUCCUCCCAUUGACACCAAUAUGAACGUCGUUGCUGGUGAUGAUAGAGCAAAUAUUUUCGUUGGACUAGCUGCUCUACAUACAUUGUUCCUGAGAGAGCACAACAAGAUUGCCGCUACACUCCAACGAGUGAACAGCCACUGGGAUCAAGAGCGAGUCUUCCACGAGACUAGGAAGCUCAUCGGUGCCAUUCUGCAGAAAAUUACUUAUUAUGAAUACUUACCUCGAGUCCUGGGCGAUGCUUAUACUCGUCGUAUUGGCGAAUAUCGUGGCUACGAUAAUAGGGUGGAUCCAUCAGUAGCAAACGAAUUCACUAGCUGUGCUUUCCGCUUCGGGCAUGGCAUGAUUCAGGAGUUCUAUCCAUUCCUAAAUGAGGAAUUCAAAAGCGUUGGUGGAAUCCCAUUUAAUGAUGGCAUGUUCAAGAGUAUACAUAUUCUUAAUAAUGGUAUAGAUCCUCUCUUGAGAGGUUUCCUUACCCUUCCAGCAAAGAUGCCCCAACGAUUGAGCCCAGCCGUUACGGAAAAGAUUUUCGGAAAUUCUGACUUGGGAUCAAUCAACAUCCAAAGAGGAAGAGACCACGGCGUUCCCGCAUUCAUUCAAUGGCGAUCAUUCUGCGGUUUGCCCGAAGUUAGGGACUUCGACGACCUCAACAAGACUAUUUCAAACAAAGUGGUCGUAGAAAAUCUGCGAGUCAUCUACAAACAUGUUGGUGCUAUUGAUAUGUACGUCGGCUCAUUGUUGGAAGAUCCCUUGCCCAGUUCGUUGGUUGGACCAACAUUAGCAUGUAUUAUUGGAGAACAAUUCAAGCGGACUAGAGACGGUGACAGGCUCUACUUCGAGAAUCCGAAGGUAUUUACGCCAGAACAGGUAAUACAAAUCCGAAAAGUGACGAUAGCACGAAUACUGUGCGAUGCUGGGGAACACUUCGCUUUCGUACCGCGACGAGCAUUCGACGUAUUCAGACCAACCAAAGAUGAACAUAAUCUGGCGAGAUGCGAUGAGAUCCCAGAUAUUGACUACAAAGCAUGGAAGGAAGAUAUAGGAGCUUAAAUCAUCUCAUGUAUUCACAUUCUUCAUGCGACAUCGUCGUCGAUCCUCGCCGUUCUAGUCAGCGUCCCACCCCUCUAUCUCAAUAGUGAUCAUUAGCAUAGUGUACCAGAAGUCUACGUAUCUGUACAUUGAUUUAUUGUUAUGUUUGUAUUAUCUGUGUCUUUCUUGCCAUCUGCCUUUCCCAAGCCUUUCACUUCGUUAGAGGCGUACCCCAAACGAGCUUUUCAAACGCCUUUUCCAUGUAAAUCCUCAUCAGAUACAGGUGCUUACAGUAUCGUCAUGAAAAAAUGUUCAAAGAGAAUAAAAGUUUGAAGAGACAA